UUAUAUUUUAAAAAUAUUUUACAAGAUAAUUCCAAUAAAAUAUUUUUUAUUUUAAUAUCUAAUAUAAACUUUAUUUAAUUUAUGACCAUUUUUUCAAUUUUUACUACCAAAAUUCAAAUUUGGACGAACACUUUGUGACGGAGGGAGUAUAUAUAUAUAUAUAUAUACACACACACACACACACACAUUCAUGAUCGAACUCUUAAAAGUAAUUAAUGAACGGAAGCAUGGGAUUUUCUCUUCUUCUAAUCUCAAACUCCCUACUGCUUUUAGGAUUAGCCGCGGGGGCUCUCUUGUUCUUCCCCAUAUGGCGGCGGCGGCAGCGAAUGGGAAAGAGUAACAGUUACUCCGCACCAACCAAGACGACGUCGAGAAGUCCGCCGGAGGUGGCCGGCGCAUGGCCCCUGCUCGGGCACCUCCGGCGGCUCUCCUCCGGGAAACAACCGCUGGUCCGGACGCUGGGAGAGCUGGCGGAUAAAUACGGGCCCAUAUUCACGAUACGGGUGGGGAUGCAACCGGCGGUGAUAAUCAGCAGCUGGGAAACCGCCCGGGAUUGCUUCUCAACCAACGACAAGCUCCUCGCCGAUCGCCCCCCUAACUGUGCUGGGAAGUACAUGGGGUACGACUACGCGGUGUUGCCGUUCACUCUGUACGGCCCCUUCUGGCGGGAAAUGCGGAAGCUGGUGGUGGUGGAAUUGCUCUCCAACAACACGCUCGACAAGCUGCGGCCCGUCUGGAUGUCGGAACUCGGCGCCAAUCUCCGGGAACUCCACAGCACCGCCGCAGAAUCGGCGUCCCCGAAGGCGGUGGACAUGAGCCAGUGGUUCGGGCAUCUGACGCUGAACCUGAUCGUGAAGCUGAUCGCCGGGAGGAGGUACACGUACAGGCCGAAUCCGGCGGAGGCCGGCGGCGGCGAAGAAGAGGAGGCGCGGUGUAUGACGAAGGUGUUCAAGGAGAUUAUGCGUCUGGUGGGGGAAUUGGCCCCGGGGGAUUCGUUCUACCCGACCCGAUUGGUGCGGGGGUUGGAUCUAGGCGGCCAGAUUGCUUCGAUGAAGCGAGUCUCUAAAGCAAUGGACGCUAUCCUGGAGAGCUGGAUUGAAGACCAUGUCAAGACGAGGAGGAGAUCGGCUAACGACGGCAAGGGAGAUGAUGAUCGAGACUUCAUCGACGUGAUGCUUUCCGUCAUCGACCGGAAAUUUCAUUCCGCCGGCCAUUCUUACAGUCGCGAAACCAUAAUCAAGGCGGCGUCACUGAGUAUGCUGGAAGAUGCAGCAGACACGUUGGGUCUGAAUUUGGAAUGGGUACUGUCCCUAUUACUCAACAAUCCACAAGCCAUGAAGAGAGUUCGAGAAGAAAUAGACGACGCCGUAGCCGGCAAGCAAAGGUGGGCGGAGGAGUCCGACAUUGACAAAAUGCCCUACCUUCAAGCUGCCGUCAAAGAGGGAAUGCGGCUGUACCCGGCGGCGCCCCUUCUGGUGCCCCACAGAGCCAUGGAGGACUGCAUCGUCGGCGGGUACACCGUCCCAAAGGGCACCGUCUUGUACGCCAACGCGUGGAAGAUACACCGGGACCCUCGGGUGUGGCCGGACCCGGAGCAGUUCUCGCCGGAGAGAUUCUUGGAGGGGAGCGGCGGCGGCGACGACCCGAGCAGGCAUUUUGGGUUCAUCCCGUUCGGGAUCGGGCGGCGGUCCUGUCCCGGGAUGUCGUACGCUCUGAAGGUGACGCAUCUCACCGUCGCGCGCUUGCUUCAGGGGUUUGAUAUUGCAACUCCGGCGAACUUGCCGGUUGACAUGUCGGAGGGUCAAGCCACCACUCUGCCCAGAGCGACUCCGUUGGAAGUGCAUAUUACUCCUCGCUUCCCUUCUUCCUUUUAUCAUGUUUUUUAAGUGGCAAAAACAUAUUUGUCUCCUCAUCAAUGCGUUUAUGUUUGUCUCUUAAAUAAUUAUUGAUAUUAUUAUUACUCCGAAUGUACUGUCUAAUUGGUGUGGGUACUUUUAACUAUCAAUAAAUAAACAUUCUGCAUUUAU